AUGGCCAUGGAUACAAAGUUAAAAUUAAGAGACUGGGCAAGGGUUUCGGAUUUGAUACUCGACAUGAUUUUUCAAAAAUGGCCUUCACUCUCUGAUUGCUUAUGUUUUGGCGCUGUAUGCAAGCCAUGGUUUUUCUUCGUAUCCAACAACAAUUAUGACGCCCUACGACAACGCAACGGUUCUAGUUCUGUCGAAGAGCUUCCUCUGCUAAUGAUCUUUAAAGGUCGAGCUAGCGCGUCUACAACUAACACAAGCUUAUACAGUGUGACCAGAGGUAAAAUAGUUAUGGAUCUCGAGAUACCAUUAAUAUAUGGGACUCAAAGAUGUUGUGGUUCUUCUCAUGGUUGGUUGGCUUUUCAAGGUGACUUUAGUUUCGCACUUUACAAUCCUUUCACACGCGAGAAAAUAGAUCUUCCUCGUCUUGAACUUAGGGCCACUAAAGUCAUUUUAUCCAAGAACCCUUCGACCAAUCCAAACGAUUAUGAGGUCAUGGCUAUGUCCUGGUACUGGGACGACAAUAGACUGGCUAUCCUAAAACCUGGUAGUAGUUAUUGGAAAUUCGUUUGUAUUCUCAGUGGAUCCCCUACACGUGAUGUGAUAUACUACUAUGAGAGAUACUACGCUGUGGAUUAUGCUGGUACGGUUUUCUCUAUAGACAACACUACUUUUAAAUAUAAGAAGAUUGCACCACCAUCAAUUGAUUAUGAGUGUAGUGAUUUCAGAGAAUUUUAUCUCGUAAAGACCACAACUAAUGAGUUGCUAAGAGUUCAAAUACUUCGUCCACAUGAUAAGCCCACAUGA